CUUCCCGGGCGACAACGGCCUUGUGGGGCGAGCUAUUUUCAGUUUCAAGUCUGACUACCUACCUGGAAGAGAAGCUGACGUCACCAGCUGCAGCGAUGAAACCAUAAUGGAGAAAUUUGUAAAGUCUUCUGUACCUCGACACGAUAGCUGCACAGAUGAUGUCAGUUUAGAGGAUACGUUUUACCCGAACGAUGAACUUCAUCGGUUGGAUAAAACUCAGUCAAAUUCCGCGAAGCAGUCCAAGGAAGAUAUCUUUACUCCGCGGAGCAACGCUGUCAAUCAUAAAGGUACACAACCUACACAACAAUCUUUUUGUUGUGAGGAGAAAUGUAGAUUGUUGGAUCUACAACAACGCCAAGAUGUGUUGUGUUUAUCUAAAGAUGUAGAGGAUGAUUUAGGAACAAAAAAGACAGAGAAUGUCAAGACCUUUGAUGUACUAGACAACAAAGAUGCUAUCAAAAAAGCUAAGUCAGCGAAACCAAAAACUGAAGCCGCCGAUAAUUUCUGUGCAGAUUUGGGUGUUAAACUUUAUAAACAUGCACCAACAGUUAGCGAAAAAACUGAAGAAGACGUUUCACAAGAAUAUGGUCGGAGAGUCAAGGACGUGACCUUCAAGAGGUCAGAGAGUUUCGGCGUGGAUGUGGAUGAAGGCUGUGAACAUGUCAAAAAAGACGUUUCUGCGGAUGGCGCCCCGGCAAGGUGUCUGGGUCACGGUGACAUUUUCAGUGCCAGGUGUCUGUGUGCCCUAGCGCUGGUCAUCCUGACCUUGGCAGUGGUUCACCAGCACUCCAGGAUUAGCGUGCUGGAGGGGGCGUUGGUCAAGCUCACGGACAUGAAACAACUUCAAGCAACUCAGGAACUACAGCUAUUUCAAGAAAAUUUGGACGUGAAAGAGUUAUCUCAAAGUAGAAAUGGCAAAACUGUAUUGGCAAAUGAUGAACGAAUAGAACGAUCGCUAGGCGACACGCACGCUGGAAGCGUAAAGACAAAAUCUCCAGAUGGAAUUAGAUCGCUUCCUGGGUCAUCACGUGAUGCCCGUGAAGACGAGAGGGGCGCAGACGUCCACACGGAGAGACACGACGAUCAGCAACAAACGAAAGGCGGAUCACAGCCUGACGAUAACAACAAUGUUUACAGAGAUGAUGGACUGACGAGGGUAGAUGAAGAUAACGACAGAAGGGACAAGUUACCAGUGGAGAGCAAUGAAGAUGAAAUGGUCAACGAUAACAAUAACUGGUUCGACGUAACUAGAACCCAACCACUUCUAACCAGGAACAAACGCGAUCAGAAGCAGAUAAAUAAGUACUGCGAAGAUACGUACUGUAAAAAAGGUUGUAAGAAUUGUAAGCAAGGGCAGCACUUCCAUUCCAUUCACUUUGAUGGAGAUUUUUAUUCCGAGAUUUAUGAUUUCAACACCAACUUCACCUCCACAGACUGUUUCACGGACGAUCGAUUUCCUACUCGCCCCAAAGCUUGUAAAGAAGCCACGUUAGAAUAUCCUAAAACAGACUCGCCGCUGGCGUUUUAUCGACCUCACGUAGGAGACAAGGGAGAUAACAAGAACAUCCUGGUCAACUUAAACCAAUCAGAGGGUCUCUUUACUCUCCAACAGUCUGGUAUCUUCUUCUUGCACUUCAAUAUCACCCUUGUGGACGAGAGCCGGACCCACUCCAUCAGCCUCGCCCUCAACAACCAGACGGUCCUGGCCUGCCCUAGAGGCGGCUUCAGAUGCUCCGUGACAAAUGUGCGGGACUCUAACAAGUACAGGAUAUGUAGCAUCGACGGUGUCCUUGAACUCAAGACGGGGGACGUGCUACAGCUGAGGACCUCUGACCCCCACACGACCGUCAGGCUGGAGACCCACAGGAGGUCAAAGUUCAGUCUGGUAUUGCUGCAACCACACAACCCACAAAAACCCAGGGGGAAGAAAGAAAGGAACAAUAAGAACAAGAAGAAAUCUGAGAGUGGCUAAGACUGAAUCUAACCUGAGGAUGUUUGGUCAAAUGACACAAUUUAAACUUGUCUAUUACUGAACAGAUGGUUUUAACUCCAAUUUUAGGUUGUUCUUUUUUUUCGAGAGUAAUACACAGUUGAGUUCUAAAGCCACCAAAGUAUCAUGACAGAACUAAACAGAUGUUCCAUUGUUCCAUUUUACCAAGUGAUUAAUAUAGAAUUUUUAGCGUUUACAAACCUUUGAAGCUUUGUUGUGAACAUUUUUUAAAACUGGAGUUAAAACAGUCUGAUUCUGGGGAUGCUAUAUACAGGGGCGUAGCGAGGGGGGGGGGCGGACCGCACCG